AUGAAGGGAGGAGCGACAGGAAGACCGGAGGGCGAGACCUUGCCGGUCGCUCCCCAGUCGUCUUCCGCUGAGGCUGGCGACGCGUCGCCUGCGGCGCCCGCCUCUCCACCCCCACUUGGAGAGCGAGGCGAGGGGAGUGGCUUUUCUGUCGACCCGCUCGCGCUGAUUCACGCCAGCCUGAACAAGAAGUCUCCGUCCUUCUCUGCCCCGUCGUCUGGCUCGCCUUCGUGCCACCUGGAGCACGUUCGCGGCGAGGAGGCGCUCGUCUUCCCCGAUCUGAACUGCUACCUGCCAGCUGGACUCCCCUCUGGCCUCGAGAGUCGCCGCAAAGAGUCGUUCUCGCUCGCGGACAUCUUUCUGCUGCUCUCCACUCCCAAGGAGCUCUACACAUACAGCCACAUCACGCAGAAGGGUCACAGGUACAUCAACGUUUUGGAGCGCUCUAAGAUCAUUGCUUUCUUCGAGUCCCUCGCAUCGUCCUCGUCUCCGAGCAAGCUCGCCGCCGCCGCGUCGGCUGUCGCGCCCCUGGGAGGCGGCGGCGCCGGCGCCGUUGUCGCGCGGCUCGAGGAGAAGGCGCGCUUGCCCGGGAGUGUGUUCUCUUCUUCGCUGGAGGACGCCUCUGUCUCGCGCGCGCAGACGCUUUUCGUGCUGGAUGCCUCCAGGCCUGUCAAUCUGCCUGGAUUGCUCGACGGCAGCCGCGGCAGGCUGCUUGACGGCGAGGAAGGCGGCGAGGACGAAGGCUCGCUGCCCGCCUGGGGCCGGAGGGAGAAGAACUUCAUAUCCGACGAGCGCCUGGAGAAGGUCAUGCCGCAGACCUGGACCGACGUCGACACUCGCCAGGUCGCCUUAUAUGCGAAGAACGCCGUCCACGCCUACGAUGAGGCGAGGCGGAGGAAGCGCGGCGAGGGUCAUGCGGGGGAGGGGGGUGAGAAGAAGCUGAAGGUGAGCGAGCAGGGGGAGCGGGAGGACGGAGAGCAGGAAAAGGAAGAGAAAGCCGAGCAGCGCAUGCGAGAGGCGCUGGCGUCUCUCGCGUUUGCUCGCCUCGAACGCCCGCUGGUGCAGCGGUGCAGCGCGGUUCAGCUUGCGGGCUUUUCGUUCGAGUCGAUCCUGCAGAAGUUCCGCGAAGUCGAGAAGGAGAGAGUUGCAGGAAGGUCGCUGGCGGUCUUCUCGCACUUGCCAAAGAAAGACGGCUCCCAUCCAAGCAGCCGAAUGAGACUCGACGGCUCAAUCGCGGCGCGCAGACCCGACGCGAGCCGCCCAAGCGGAGCUCCAGGCUGCGCGCGCAGAGAAGCCGAGACAAAGUCCUCAAGAAUCUGCGUCUUGGAGGAAGUUUACGCGUACCGGAAGAGGAAAGCGAUCAUCCUCAUUCCGCCCGUCACGUCUGUCGGGGGCAGCAGCUCCUCGUCUGCGCUUCUGAAUCGCUACAACAUCGUCGACCUGCUGGAAAACGGGCAGUUCGUCUUCCCGCAGGAAGCCAAGGAACGCGCAGCCCGAGAGGGGACGCUCGGCGCAGACCAGGGUCGGCUCGAGGUGCGUCACGAGAUUCGCAACAAAGUGUUCAAGUUCAUGCUGGUCGAGACGAGCUACGCCGCCAAGUUCACGCCUGAGCAGUGGAAGUGUGUCGUAGCCGUCGUCAUCAACGCCGCCUCUGCGUCGUCGCUCAAACUCCACUUCGGCGGCUGGCCAUUCCGAGACUGGAUCGACCUUUUUCUCAGUUACAAGGGCGUCAUGUUCGCGUACGAAGAGGACGCCAUUCCCCCCGAGGUGUCUAGCCUCAGCGUGAAGGUUAUUCGUCUGUCGCGUUCUCAUCGCUACAACGACGCGGCCGCAGCUUCGGACUUUUGGGCCACACUGGAGGAGUUCCUUCUCCAGCCGCGCCGGCUCUGUCUGGCGUUUGAUCGGCGGCUCGACGCCGCUCUAAACAGAGACAACGGCGCCCUAAAGCCGGGUGCGUCCUCAGGCUUCGCUUCCUCGCGAGGCCUAGGCGACGCGCAGAGGGUGCCUGGAGCCUCAGGAAGCGCCUACGGCGCAGGCGCCGGGGAGGCGUUGCACCCUGCGCAUCAACACCACUUCGCCCACCACCCGCAUUCAGGGGUAGGGACGCCCCUUCAUGGGCACCCAGGCCCGGGAAUCCCCGGGGGAGGGUACCACCGCGCCCAGCAGGCGGUGCACUACGGUCAGCGUUAA